AUGUCCGAUAGUGGCAACGUAGUGCGCUAUCCCCUGGUGCGUGUGAGGGGAGGGGCAUCAAUACUCUUCACAGCCCUGGUCAGCUCUCUUCCGCCGCCGGCCCAGGUGGCGCUUCGCAGGGUGCUUUUGGCUAUCCCCGUCAUGGCCGUGGCAAAGGUGCAGCGGGCUGCCGUACUGAUGUUUGCUAGGCGGGUGCUUCUUCCCCUCCUCACCGACGCCUUCCCAGCAGUCUAUGGCGCCCUCGAGGGAGUCACCCUUAACGCGUCAUCUGCCACGCUGAUCGCAGCGCUAUCGCAUGCCGUUGUCGCUUACUCUCUCGCGGAGAAGCUGAAGGCGGACCGGGCGGCCUCGUUAGCGUUUACGACGGGCUCCGCUGCGUGUCUCCUCAGCGAAGAGGAACACCUUCGUCGCCUCCUCGGCUCUGUGGUGGACGCCGAAGCACCAUCUCUGCCCUCGGCACAGCUCAGCGUCCAGCGUCUUGCUCCCACUGCCGCUGCGCCGCGAAUGUGCUCGGAGUUCUUUUCCACCACUACGCCCGUUGCACUGAAGGCUUACCUGCACCAUGUGCACACGCGUCCGAGAGCCUCGCACGUUACCAUUUUCGUGCCUGGGCUAAUCACAGCCCCGUGGACCACGCACCUUAUCCCCUUAUUGCGCGACGUCUUUUGCCGCCAGGGCACGGCAGUCGUUGGCUACGACAUCUGCGCUGACGCAGAGCACUACGACGUGGACCUGCGUCGCUUGCACGACUGGAUCCGGCAGGAGCGCCAAAGCACAGCGGGAUCAUCCGCGUUACCACCCGCGCCGAGCGCGGCGUCGCCAUGCGGUGUGCUGGUCCUCGCCAGCAUUCGCGGCCGCCGCGUCCGCAAUGGUGAUAAGGCGUGCGUGUUCGCCAAGAUGCAUGGAUGGCAGGUCGUGGAGCUGUGUGUGCCAACGCUGCCGUUGGAUGCGGUGGAUGACUUAAACCCGCAACGUCGUCCGCAAUGGGUGAGAGCGCGUCAGUCGCAGCGCGCCACGUCGUUUGUGCGGCCGGAUGUGCGCCUCACCGCCUUCGACGACGCCGGCAUGUACGGCGGAGCGGUCGUGGAGUUGUGUAGCAGCGACAAUUCCCUUCUGCUGUACAUGAAGAGUCAGUGUCAGCCAGGGCUGGUGGAAAGCGGCGUCAAUGGCGCGGUCGUACAGGCAAAGGUGUGCAACUCCCCCCGCCUCACCGCAGCGGUGACGCCGCGCAUGCUGCCGUCCUCUGCUGUCAACGCGACGCUUGAUGCGGCCUCCGGCACCAGCGAGCUCAUCACCAAGGUCUGGUGUCCAUGGGCGCGCAGGCUUUGCGCCGCCGUCUGGAGCGAGGCGCAUAUGCUGCAUCAGGGCUCGGUGGCGGCGCUCCGCCGCUUUCCCACGCAGGCGUUUCCAAAGGUUCCCCUACGCGCGCAAGCGCAGCUACGGCGGCUGUUGUUGCCCCGCAGAGGUGGUGUCAGUACGACCGGCAACGGCAACGCGCCUGGUGGCCCCCUGCACCACGUCUCCGCUAGCACGCCAGUCGAGCACCGCACCACCUAUAUCACGACCCCCCUCGCCGCCGUUUCGCUACUCACCGAGCCACAACCCCCCGCUGCCUCACCGGUCGGCACCGGCAGCAACCGAGGAGGUACGGAAACUCUCACUCUGACGAAGACCACGUCCCCUGCGGGAGCAGCGGCCGCGGCUCUCAUGGCACCGGAGGAAGCGCUCACGAACUGGGCAGUGGAGCGCCGGAUCCGACUGCGAUGGUCGUCGUUGCUUAUGUCGCUAACUUUUGCCGCUGCCGUCGGCACCUCCGCGGCGUAUCUCUCUCUGUGGUCCUUCGUGGCACAACUGCCGCCGUGGGUAGUGGCUGUCUCGGCGGCGGACGACGGCGAAACCGCACGUGGCGAACGCCGAAGCAGUUGCUGCGUCGAGGCCUUCGCCACAGCGCUCCUCGUGCGCGUCGCCUGCCCCGCCUCCCCUCGGGCCGUCGCCGAGGUCCUUCGGGACGAAGCUCUAGUCGACGCGGCAGCGGUGCGCCCGCGCGCAUGGGAUUCCUUGGCGGCCACACCGAACCCAGCUGGGGAGGAGGCGCUCAAGUUUGAGGAUGCCGUUCUCUUUCCGGGAUGUGACCAAGCAACUCGGCUGAGCGAGGAACUGCUGUACCUUCCGCUGUCACCGGAACUGCCCGUUAGCGCGCGAGCUGCAAUGCUGCGAGUCCUGUGGAACAAGGUGCCGCACACCGUAGACGCCGCUAGUGCGUCUGUGCACUCGAGCUGGCUCGAGCGUAGAAAGGCCGCUUGUGCUUUAUCAGCUCACGUGCAGGCAACAGUGAACUCUGUUUACCAAAUGUAUCUUCCUCAAGCACAACGGGGGCGCGAUGGCAAGGCGCUGUCCUUGGCGGCUAGCGCCGGCAACACUCCCCCCAGCGUCAUUGCAUGGGGCCACAGCGGCGGCAGCGCUGUGUCAGCGCAGGAUGCAGAGAGAGUUCAGCGGUUCCUGUUCGACGGCGUGCCCGCCUCCUCCGUAACGCCGUUGCUGUCCGCAGGUGCGGCCCUCAAAUCUCUCGCGCAAACCCUUAUCCCAACGGUGAUGUCGAACCUUUGA